GUCCUGCAAUUGCUGGGGCGGCGCUGCCCGGGGGGAGGCGCGUUUAGGCAGGUGUAGGAGCAUAAACCUCCGAGCCCCGCCCGCAAUCCGAGUGGCUGAGGCGGCCUCAGGCCAGGGGCCCAGCGGGUGGCGAGACGCUUCCUUCUCCAGCGGCCAACACGCGGGGAGGCGAGAGGAAAGACACGUGCUCAGAGUAUCUGUCUGUGCUUAACCCCGGCCCGGACAGCGGGGGCCUGACCUAGGGGAGACCUGGGCGAUGCGGAGACAGCUGGCACCGGGACACGAAGGAAGGCGGUGGCAGAAGGAGCCCCAUAUUGUGCAUCCCGAUUGGUGGACACGGGCCCCGGUCUAUCCUAUCCAGCCGUCGUCUCUCAUCUUAGACCCAGGUCCUGAGCUCUCUUGGGCAGGGCCCUCUUCGGACCUCGCUUAGUGCGAUGGGCCAAGCCGCAAAGUACCAAGCACUGUUGCCAACGCUAUGACUGUACCGUGGAUUUCGCUUUAAAUCCGCAGCUUCUGCAGUUAGGUGGCUGUUAGGUGUGAAUCUCGCUUGUCAUUAAAAAUAAUGAUUUUGUCACGGAGGAGGAGAGCUUGAAAAUGUGAUCCAAGUGAACCCUAACGGCUCAUAACCGAGAUAGCCAACAAACCCCAAAUGUAUUAUUUAAAAAAAUCAUGCUUUUUAAGUUUAUCACGUUAUUUGGGGUCUCUGAUGAUUUUUGAACGCUCAGGUUUGGCAAUACCUGAAACGAAGGAUAUUCUGGGGAAAUCAAAUCCUAAACACCACCUGAAGCUCUGCCCUAGGCAGAUGCUCGAUACAAAUGAAUCUCUGACCCUUGUACUUCAGCAACACUCAUCUAGUUUUGAAUUGAAGUGUGUGUCUUUUGGCUUGUGCAGGGAGGUAGCUAGUCCUGCUCCAUCUGUAUGCGGGGAGGGAGGAGUAGUGGGUUCCCCCAUAAGGGAGCACACAUUAGCCGUGGCUGCAAGGGGGUGUUUAUUUGUGUUGAGACAAUUAGGGGUGGGACAGCAGUUGGGUGUGCCGGGCGGGGCUAUCUUUUCUCUCAGGCAGUGAGUUGGACAGCCCUAGCCUUGGGUGGGAGGAGAGCAAGAUGGCAGCCUCCUUGUGGCUGAGCUGCAGUAGCAAAGGGAUGGUCAAACUACUGGGUGGGAGACUAGUCGCGGGGGCUUGUGCUUCUCUCCGCCUUGGAGGAGGCUGGAGGCUUCUGCACAGGAGCCAUGAGCUGCUGGGUAUUCCUGCAUUUAAAAUACUCAUGCCUGCACUGUCUCCUACAAUGGAGGAAGGAAAUAUUGUGAAAUGGUUAAAAAAGGAAGGUGAAACUGUAAAUGUAGGAGAUGCAUUAUGUGAAAUCGAAACAGACAAAGCAGUGGUAACCAUGGAGUCAAGUGAUGAUGGCAUAUUGGCUAAAAUAAUGAUGGAAGAAGGAAGUAAAAAUGUGCGUCUGGGAACACUAAUUGGUUUGCUGGUAGAAGAAGGACAGGACUGGAAGCAGGUUGAAAUACCAGCUGAUACUGGUGAUCCAUCUUGUCUGGCACCCCCGAUGGCACCGCCUGCAGUUGCACCUACUACCCCUCCAGUAGGCAUUUUAGCUUCAGCCUCUACCAAAAUGGAACAUGGGCUUGGAAAACUACCGAUUCGCUUAAGUCCUGCUGCCCGCUACAUUCUAGAGACACAUGGACUUGACCCAAGCAGUAUUACUCCCACUGGGCCUCGAGGAAUCCUCACUAAAGAGGAUGCACUCAAUCUUCUGCAGCAGAAACAGAAGAGCAAAGCUGCGGAAUCGAGACCUAUCGUUUCUCCAGCCCCUACUCAGCCUACUGUAGUGCCUUUGGCUCCACAAGCAACAACUGUGUCCUCUGUUUAUCCGCGGCCUGCAGUUCCACCAAUUUCUAUACCGGGUCAGCCUGCAGCACAGGGUACAUUCACAGAAGUCCCUGCCAGCAACAUCCGAAGAGUUAUUGCUAAGAGAUUAACAGAAUCUAAAACUACUGUGCCUCAUUCAUAUGCUACUACUGACUGUGACCUUGAUGCUAUCUUGAAACUAAGGAAAGAACUAGCAAAAGAUGAUAUUAAAGUAUCAGUAAAUGACUUUAUUAUCAAAGCAACAGCAGUUACCCUCAAACAAAUGCCAGAUGUGAAUGUGACCUGGGAUGGAGAGGGCCCCAGGCAGCUGCAAUCUAUCGACAUUUCUAUUGCUGUGGCAACAGACCGAGGUCUCAUUACACCAAUCAUAAAAGAUGCUGCUGCCAAGGGAGUGCAGGAAAUUUCUGCCUCUGCAAAGGCUCUCGCAAAGAAAGCAAGAGAUGGAAAACUGUUACCUGAGGAAUACCAAGGAGGAUCUUUUAGCAUUUCCAAUCUGGGCAUGUUUGGUAUCAGUGGCUUCAUUGCCGUCAUAAACCCUCCUCAAGCCUGCAUCCUAGCUGUGGGACGAGCUCGACCAGAACUCAGGAUUGUGGAAGAUGAAGAAGGGAAUGAGAAACUUCUGCAGCAUCAGCUUAUGACAGUGACACUGUCAAGCGACAGUCGGAUGGUGGAUGACAAACUGGCUUCAGUGUUUCUGGAGACCUUGAAAGCAAACUUAGAGAAUCCGAUACGACUUGCCUUAUGUUAAACUGAUCAGGGAUUGGCUCCUGCUUUGGCAAAAUAUGGAACAAGGUUACAAAACUGUUCCCCUCUCCUCCCCCCGCUGCCCCAGAGAAAUAACGAAUACUAAGCAUGAGGGGGAUAAUUAAAAUAUUUAAUUUAUUUGAAUUAACUUGAAAGACUCUUCAGAUCCGGCUUUGUGACCAUUUCCAGCUCUCAAGUUUUAUACUGUAAAACUGAAACACUUUAAAGAAAUAUUAAAAUAGAGUUAAUGCAUUAAAGUUCUUUCACUGCUUAAUAGCAACUGCACCAAAUUUAAACAUAUACGUUACUGUUUAAUUAGAGAGAGAAGUUUAGAAAACUUGGGAAAUUUGCAUGAGAAACGUGAAAUGAAAAAGGGAAUGAUACAAUGCUUUGUUUAAGGACUAAACAACUAGCUUUCACAGUGAGGAAAGCAAACGGCAUGACUGAGCAAGAUGGCCCUAUAAAUCCCAAUCAUCAUUAAGAGAAUCAAACCGGCUAUCGUUUCAAGCAAUAUAUUUUAGUUAUUUAAUAUGUGAAGAGGGUUCCAGCUAAAAUCUUCUGUUAGAGUUGGGUGAUAUAAACUGUGAGAGCUCUGAGAUUUUUGACAAGGAUUUUGCUAGGGGUUCUACUUGACACUAGAUAAGUUACUUUGGUUGGUGACACAUGACCCUAUGUAAGUUACCUUGGUUUGGUUCAUGUCACAAACUCAACCAUUCUUGACCUUCUACUUUACUAUGAGAUUUUCCAGAUGAAUACAACAGAGGGUGGAAAAAUUCUAGUGCACAAAAAACAAAUUACAUAAUGGAUGUAAAUGGAAAAACUCAAAUAAAAUAAAAUAUUAAAUAGCCUAUUAGCAUCUAAAGCUGGAUUUGAAAAUGCACUUAGCAUUAGAUUAAUUAAAAACACAUUUAAAGUGUGUGUGGGUAUGCACUUCAGCAUUUUAAGAUCUCUACUUAAUGUAGUGUCCCACAAAGGAGACAAAUAAAUUUAAUAAAUGUGUCAGUAGGAGUUUUGUCAUUUACUUCAAUAGAGCCAGGAUUUCACCCCAGAUAUUUUUAUCAUUACAAGCUUUAAAUCUGCAAUAAAUUGUGAAAGUGAGACUUUACUUUUUAGCCCAAUACAUUAUUACAGUAGUCAUGAGUUCCAUUAAAUAAUUUAAAUGUUGCCCUGUAUCAAAAUCUAAUUGGUGUGUCCUUGUUUGACUAUCGCAAAUUGCAAUAGUGCUUUUGCAAUUGUUCCAUGGUAUGUUAUCUGAUGGGUAACUGAAAAUUGAAGUAUGUUUUGCAGACUGAAUAUCUUGAUGAUCUUUCUAUCACAGAGUGGUACCAACUUCUUCAUCAGACCUGAGUGGCAAAGGUCAGAUUUUGCAUACUGAACAUUUUGCUCAAUAAAUCCCUUCUUUGAAUGGAAGGAAUGAAUGAAUGUAUCAUUACAAAGUGCAUAUCAUAAGUAGAUGGAUACUGAAUUGUAAUUCAGUUUGAGUAGCCUUUUAUUUGGAAUCCCUAUUAUGAUAGUUUACUGUAUAUAUCAUAUGGAAACAAUGGGAAUUUCCAAUGAAAUAAUUCCAAUGAGGGGAUCUGAUGACAACAUAAGCCACUAGUGCCCCAUUCAAGUCCUGGAGUCUGUCACCAUUAGAGCCACCAUAUUUGGUUGUAUGUAAUUCACUGCACCAAUUUGUUCUUUAAGAUCCAAACUUCUUAAGUAUUUAUUUACUCACCAAGUUGUUGCAAUAGUAAGUGUAUAUCUAAAACUAAUGUCAAUGUUCAGGUUGGAGUUUUCACAAAACUAGCUUGCUUCUUUAACUGAUGUGCGUGAAUGAUACGACAUGAGAAAUUCAUAAGCUAUCAAGCUGACACUGUAUUUCUGAUUACUUACAUAGGGUUUACUAUGCUAUUAUUCAUAUACCCUUUUUGUAUUGGCAGAUUUUGUUAUUGAUAACUGAGAUUUUCAAACUUGUAUGCUUUUUAGGUUCUUAAUUUUUAGACACCUAGACAUAUAUGGUCUGAUUUUUUUUCAGAGGUGUUGAGCAGCCCCAGGUCCCAUUGAAGACAAAACAUCUACAUAUAUAUAUAGUGCCAUUGGUAAUAAUGAAAUUGAAUAGGUUCUAAUGUGUUUGGAUAGCUAAAUCUAGUCUGCCUAGUAAAAUUCCCCUUAUGAUUUUAAAUCUGGUAUCUAUUCUUCAUUUCCUGUCCUAAAGGGAAAGUGGGGUUCAUGUGUACUCGUCAACAGUUAUAUGUUCCACCCCACAGGAGGCCACAGUUCAGUGGUGGGCAAAGUGAUUCCUACUUAAAAUUCAUACAGUCAGCAUAGUUUGCAAAUUGCUUUGGGAGCUACUGGAAGGUGCUGUUGUAUAUGAACAUAUAAUCAUAAUGUUGACAGCACAUGGGGAACAUUAUAUAACAAAUUCCUCUAUGCUGCUUGUACAAACAGAUGCAGUGCAAUUUUUUUCAUGGUAGCGUGAGAUUUUUUUUUUAAACUGCGCUUCUAUCAUAGCCAUGCAGAUUAACUUCAGCGUGUGACCUGUAGCUAACCCCUUCACAGCAUGCAGAAUGGUUACUUGUAAGCAUCCCAACAUUGUCACUGGAUUGAAAUAUAGUUGGUGACGCAUGAUGUGUGCUGCCCAUCCGACUGAAGAAAGUCUGAACAAGUGAAAAUGUCUUGUGGUUUCAACCUAGUCCUAAGGAGAUGUGUGUCCAUAUUACAGAGUAACCACAACAUUUGGCACAGCAAAUGACUUCUACAAGAGAAAUGGAACAGCAAAAUUGGUGCUGAUUAGGAUUAAAAUAUACAGAAAAUAUUUCAUUCUGGAAAACUUGGAUUUAAAAGUAUUGUGGAUAAGAUGUUUCAGAAGUGUCUUAAUGGUUAAAUAUGAAACAGUUUUACUUUAAAUAAAAAGCUUCAAAAGUAUCAAAUA